AUGGAUGAGCCUAGUAAUCAUCAAGUUGGGCUCACCAACGUGAACAACAAUAGCCCACCGAACAACACAUCGCAUAAGACACCCGUAAGCCAGAUCAUCGCCAAUCAGAUUCGCAAAGCAAUAAAACCUUCCCCUAGUUCUCGCAGAGACCCCGAGGCAUUCGUACUGGAAAGCUCUCUUAGGGAGAUUCUCAGCCAAAAACGUGUUCAACAAGUACUCGACGAAAUCCAUGACCAACAUCCUGAAAAACCCAAUAUCACAUUGGACGAUAUUUUUAACACGUCGAGAGAUGCCGGUCGCUUGAAGAUACUUGCUACACUCGUAUACCAUGUGCAGGCAAAUCGUCUCUACGAUUUCAUUGACUCCAAUAUAUGGGAUAGUGAUCUACCAGUCACAGACUCGAACAGAGUUUUUAAGGACUGGCCAGAGUUAUUCUGCGAUGGUUUCGUUGCGAGGCAGUAUUUAUUUCUAGCGCCAAUCAUCGACUUCGAAUGUAUGAAACAUAAGGUGUUUGAGGGUCCGAUACCAAUGCCGUUCUUGGAUCUUUUAAAUGGUCCGGACAAAGGCGCACAUGGCCAGGUCUCUAAAGUGAGGAUACAUCAGGACUAUCAGAAAUGGGGAGAACGUACUAGAUGUGAUGACCGCUGUUAUGCCGUCAAGCGCUUUACUGGUAAAGACCAUGAGUUCGAUCAGGAGAGAGAAGCAUUACUUCGAUUCAGUCAUCCAAAAAAAGGACAUGAAAGUCUUAUCGAGCUACUCUAUUCUUAUGAACUAAGGUCAACAAAGUAUUUUAUCUUCCCCUGUGCCGAGGGUGAUCUGGAACAUCAUUGGAUGAACCAUAAAGCUGAUCCAACAUCGAGCAAUUCCCUGAUCUGGAUGCUUGAGCAAUGUCAUGGAAUCGCAUGUGGUCUGGAGAGGGUCCAUAGCAACCCUUCUUUUCGAAAAGGAGACAUAGGUGGAAGCCGAAGCAGAGGUCGUCAUGGUGAUAUCAAACCGAAGAAUAUUCUUUUCUUUAAAGAUGAAGAGAACCCACCUGGCCGUCUGGUAGUCGCCGAUUUCACGCUGAUGCGCUUCCACUCGUCCAGUGCCGACUACACACAGAUGGAAAAUGUGGGGUUCUCAGAGACGUACCGUCCUCCCGAGAAAGCUGUGGGUGGGGGCACCCAAGUCAGUCAAAAGUACGAUAUCUGGACUCUGGGUUGUGUAUUCUUGGAGUUCGUAACGUGGUUUCUUCUUGGCUCUGAUGCUGUUCGUCCUCCGGACAAAGGACGAGGGUUCAUGGCUCCUGAUGGAAAGGAACGCGAGGAUUUUGGGACGUCGAGGCAACGGGAUGACGAUAACUACCGAGAUGAUAAGUUCUUCAACUCAGUCGGUCUUCCCACCCCCAUUCUCAAGGAAUCAGUAGUCGACUGGAUCAAAUACUUACGUGGUCACAAAUGCUCCUCCAAAGCUUUAUGCCAAUUUCUGGAUCUCAUCGAGGAUGAAAUGUUGGUCGUGACACCAGAAAGGCGACACUCCAUGCUACAAGUCAUGACUACCACAGCAGGAAUUCUUUCCGCCGCGAAGUCAAGCCCAGAUAGGUGUCAGCCGCUUCGACGGCUGAAUCUUCUACAUUCACACAGUUUUCCCAACCUGUUGGAACCACGCCCCCCAAAAGACUAUUGGCCACUUGUUACUUUGCCACAGCCAGAGUCCGUACCUACAACUGUACCUCAGAACCCCGAUUAUGUUGCGCUUGAGGAUGCGUUUUUGACGCCUGAUCGAGAGGAGGCUCUGACUGCCGAGGGGUGGCUCGAAGUACCUGCAAGAGACGAUUCAUCCGUUGGAAGACCAUCAAACAGCUUUAUAACAGGCUCCUCUAUGUUACCACGAGAAAGCGUUGACUAUGUGACACCAGCUACGACUAGACAACCAUCUCCCAAGUUAGCAUCAACAGCUCUUAUCACGUAUUAG